AUGCCGGCUCAUCAACCCCUGUCCGGUACCAGCAUCGUUGUCCUCAUCUGCGUUAUUCUUUCUGUUCUCCAAGUAGGCUCCACGCUGUUCAUGCUCGGCGUGCGCACCUUUCCACCAUCGGCCGCCUUCCUCGUCGUGUUUGCAGUCAACACGAGCGGAGCGUAUGACACGUCGCGUAGGUUGCAUGUCGUGCUGGAGCCCACUGUCAUCGGAAUCUGUGCCGCCGUCUACGCGGCGUUCAUGAUCGGCGUCAUGCUUGUUGUGCACGACGAGUCGAAGCUAUGCUGGCUUGUCGUCCUCAUCGACAUGUGCUGCUCCUGGUUUAUGGGCAUGGCCAUUAACACUUGGUGCUCCUUCGAGUUCGAGUCGACGCUAGACGAUACACACGAGUGGGAAGACCGCCUCUACCGCGACACAAACUUCUUCGGCCAGGAGACGCCUGAGGCCCGCGAUUUCCGACUGUAUCAGGAGGCCGUCGGGAUCACUCUCAAGAUCCAGGAGCAGACGGCUAUCAUGAAUGUUAAAAUCGCCGAACAAGAGAACGAGAAGGCUCAACUGGAGGCAAAGCUACGCGACUGCGACGACGUGAUUGCCUUGGGGUGGGACUGGCUAGCUCACGUCGAGGAGGUUCUGGCCGAUGUCGAGAAGCGGCGGGCCGCCGACCGGACCUUCUCGAGCGACGCCGAGAUCGCCAAGGCCGGCGAACUCCUUAACAACAUCCGCCGCACUCUCACGGAGGGAGCUGCCAGACGAGAGGGUUGCGCCGACAGAUCCAAGGAGGGAUGUAGUGUGUGA